CGGCGGCGGUGACGUGGAGGCGGCGGCGGCUGUUGCGGGAGUUGCCAGGCCUGAGGGGACGGCGAGAGGCGCCUCAGGAUGCUCACCAAGUUCGAGACCAAGUCUGCCCGCGUGAAAGGGCUGAGCUUUCACCCUAAGCGGCCUUGGAUCUUAACAAGCCUGCACAAUGGAGUGAUCCAGCUGUGGGACUACCGGAUGUGUACGCUCAUUGACAAAUUUGAUGAACAUGAUGGUCCUGUCAGAGGUAUUGAUUUCCACAAACAGCAGCCACUUUUUGUGUCUGGAGGAGAUGACUACAAAAUUAAGGUCUGGAAUUACAAGCUGCGUCGCUGCCUCUUCACACUGUUGGGGCACCUGGAUUACAUCCGCACCACCUUCUUCCAUCAUGAAUAUCCCUGGAUCCUAAGUGCUUCUGAUGAUCAGACGAUUCGGGUUUGGAACUGGCAGUCAAGGACGUGUGUUUGCGUGCUAACUGGACACAACCAUUAUGUGAUGUGUGCCCAGUUCCACCCUUCGGAGGACCUGGUGGUCUCGGCCAGCUUGGAUCAGACUGUGCGCGUUUGGGAUAUUUCUGGCCUGAGGAAGAAGAACCUCUCCCCUGGAGCUGUGGAGUCGGACGUCCGGGGGAUCACUGGAGUGGACCUGUUUGGCACAACCGAUGCGGUGGUGAAGCAUGUUCUGGAGGGCCACGAUCGUGGUGUGAACUGGGCUGCCUUCCACCCCACCAUGCCUCUCAUUGUGUCGGGGGCCGAUGACCGGCAAGUCAAGAUUUGGCGAAUGAACGAAUCGAAAGCCUGGGAGGUGGACACCUGCCGUGGACAUUACAACAACGUCUCCUGUGCGGUCUUCCAUCCCCGCCAGGAGCUCAUCCUCAGCAACUCGGAGGACAAGAGCAUUCGUGUCUGGGAUAUGUCCAAGCGCACGGGAGUACAGACGUUCCGCAGGGACCAUGACCGCUUUUGGGUGUUGGCAGCUCACCCGAACCUCAACCUCUUCGCUGCAGGCCACGACGGGGGCAUGAUCGUCUACAAGCUGGAGCGCGAGCGGCCGGCCUACGCCGUGCACGGGAACGUGCUCUACUACGUGAAGGACCGCUUCCUCCGCCAGUUGGACUUCAACAGCUCCAAAGACGUCGCAGUGAUGCAGCUGAGAAGCGGCUCCAAGUUCCCCGUGUUCAACAUGUCCUAUAACCCAGCUGAGAAUGCUGUCCUUCUCUGCACGAGAGCCAGUAACCUGGAGAACAGCACCUAUGACCUCUACACCAUUCCGAAGGACGCAGAUUCCCAGAAUCCUGACGCGCCCGAAGGGAAACGCUCCUCUGGGCUGACGGCCGUGUGGGUCGCUCGGAACCGCUUUGCCGUCUUGGAUCGGAUGCACUCGAUCCUGAUUAAGAACCUGAAAAAUGAGAUCACCAAGAAGGUCCAGGUCCCCAACUGUGAUGAGAUUUUCUAUGCCGGGACGGGGAACCUGCUGCUGAGGGAUGCCGAUUCCAUCACCCUCUUUGACGUGCAGCAGAAACGGACUCUCGCCUCCGUCAAGAUCUCCAAGGUGAAGUACGUCAUCUGGUCGGCCGACAUGUCCCACGUGGCGCUUCUGGCAAAGCAUGCCAUCAUGAUCUGCAACAGGAAGCUGGAGUCGCUUUGCAACAUCCACGAGAACAUCCGGGUCAAGAGCGGCGCCUGGGACGAGAGCGGGGUCUUCAUCUACACCACCAGCAACCACAUCAAAUACGCCGUCACCACCGGAGACCACGGUAUCAUCCGCACUCUGGACUUGCCGAUCUACGUGACGCGGGUGAAAGGGAACAACGUGUACUGCCUGGAUCGUGAGUGCCGCCCCCGGGUCCUGACCAUCGACCCGACAGAGUUCAAGUUCAAGCUGGCGCUGAUCAACCGGAAAUAUGACGAGGUACUCCACAUGGUGCGGAAUGCCAAGCUGGUGGGCCAGUCCAUCAUUGCCUACCUCCAGAAGAAGGGCUACCCGGAAGUCGCCCUACACUUCGUGAAGGACGAGAAGACACGGUUCAGCUUGGCUCUUGAAUGCGGCAACAUUGAGAUUGCUCUGGAGGCAGCCAAGGCCCUGGAUGACAAGAACUGCUGGGAGAAACUGGGAGAGGUGGCCUUGCUCCAGGGGAACCACCAGAUCGUGGAGAUGUGCUACCAGCGCACCAAGAACUUCGACAGACUCUCCUUCCUGUACCUGAUUACGGGCAACUUGGAGAAACUGCGCAAGAUGAUGAAGAUAGCUGAGAUCCGGAAGGACAUGAGCGGCCACUACCAGAACGCCUUGUACCUGGGGGACGUGGCCGAGAGGGUGCGGAUCCUGAAGAACUGCGGGCAGAAGUCCCUGGCCUACCUCACGGCCGCCACCCAUGGCUUGGAUGAAGAAGCAGAGAGCCUGAAAGAGACCUUUGACCCAGAAAAGGAAACGAUCCCAGACAUUGACCCCGAUGCCCAGUUGCUCCAGCCCCCAGCUCCCAUCAUGCCUCUGGACACCAACUGGCCCCUGCUCACGGUCUCCAAGGGCUUCUUUGAAGGGACAAUUGCCAGCAAAGGUAAAGGCGGAGCGUUGGCUGCUGACAUCGAUAUCGACACGGUGGGCACCGAAGGCUGGGGGGAAGAUGCGGAGCUGCAGCUGGACGAAGACGGCUUUGUGGAUGCCGGGGAAGGCUUUGGCGAUGAGGCCCUGGGGAAAGGCCACGACGAAGGAGGUGGAUGGGAGAUUGAAGAGGACCUGGAUCUUCCGCCCGAACUGGAUGUCCCUGCCGGUCCCGCUGGGGAAGUGGAAGAUGGCUUCUUUGUACCACCUACCAAAGGCACCAGCCCUGCACAGGUCUGGUGUAACAACUCCCAGUUGCCGGUUGAUCACGUCCUGGCCAGCUCUUUUGAGACAGCCAUGAGGCUUCUCCAUGACCAGGUGGGAGUGGCCACAUUUGGCCCCUACAAGCAGCUCUUCCUGCAGACCUACGCCCGGGGGCGCACGACAUACCAGGCUCUGCCCAGCCUCCCCGCCAUGUAUGGAUACCCCCAUCGCAAUUGGAAAGAGGCUGGCUUGAAAAACGCCCUGCCGGCGGUAGGCCUGAAACUGAGCGACCUGAUCCAGCGGCUGCAGCUCUGCUACCAGCUCACCACGGCAGGCAAGUUCGAGGAGGCGGUGGAGAAGUUCCGCUCCAUCCUCCUGAGCGUGCCGCUGCUGGUGGUGGACAACAAGCAGGAGAUUGCCGAGGCCCAGCAGCUGAUCGCCAUCUGCCGGGAAUACAUCGUGGGGCUGUCGAUGGAGAUUGAGAGGAAGAAGCUGCCCAAGGAGACGCUGGAGGAGCAGAAGCGCAUCUGCGAGAUGGCUGCCUACUUCACCCACUCCAACCUGCAGCCCGUCCACAUGAUCCUGGUGCUGCGCACCGCCCUCAACCUCUUCUUCAAGCUCAAGAAUUUCAAGACGGCUGCCACCUUCGCCCGACGCCUCCUGGAGCUCGGCCCCAAGCCCGAAGUGGCGCAGCAGACACGCAAGGUCCUGACCGCCUGCGAGAAGAACCCCACCGACGCCUACCAGCUCAACUACGACAUGCACAACCCCUUCGAUAUCUGCGCCGCCUCCUAUCGGCCCAUCUACCGGGGCAAGCCGGUGGAGAAGUGCCCGCUCAGCGGGGCUUGUUACAGUCCCGAAUUCCGCGGCCAGAUUUGCAGAGUCACGACUGUGACGGAAAUCGGCAAGGACGUCAUUGGCUUGAGAAUCAGCCCUCUGCAGUUCCGCUGAAGUUGUGCAGCUGUUCUUGCAUACACAUCCAGGCAACUUCUCCCCCUGUUCUUCCUUCAACUUCUUUUUUCAUUGCCCCCCUGGUAUGUCCCUCCCCCACCUCUCCCUCCUUCCCUGUUGCCAAUUCAUGGCCCCUUUCCACCCCCCUACUCAGCCUGUCCCCUGUGCAGCUGUUCAGAUGAGAAUCGAAGGCCUCAGUCCUCAGGCACAGCCUGGUUGCUCAUUGCGCGGCUGUCAGGCCGGCCGUGUUUGGCCGCUGUGCCUCCUUCUGCCCCUUCUAACUGCUGCCCCCUUGAGAAUCAGGCGUAGGGGACGUGCCGCUCCCGGAAUCCCACCACCUUCCGGCGAGUCAGUGGGACUUUCCUGGACGUUCCUUGGGAAUCAAGGCUGGAAGAAGCUGCCGGAGGGCGGAAGGCUGAGGAAGGGCACGCGGGGCGCUGGAGGGCCCUUGCCAAAAACAAGGCUCUGGAGUUCCCACAUCUCGUGCGACUGUGCUGGAGUACAAUGCUGAAGGGGCUCAAAACCCCACCGCCUCUUUUUGCAAUUCCCCCACAUCCGAAAGCUCCCCUUGUUUUCUUAGUCACACUUUAAUAAAGUGAUGUUACUCCGUGGAAAAAAA